GCCCCGCUGGCCAGGCCGAGCAGCAGGGAGCAAAAACCAAAGGCUUUGCUUGGCUUAUCCAUCCACCCACCCGUGAUUUUCCAGAGCUUUGGAAGCUGCAGCUCCUCCACAAACAGGGAUGGGUCGGUUGCAAAAGAUUCUCAUUCCCUUUCUGGGAUUGGUUUUGGCCUUCUGGUUCUAUUCUGCGAGGGACACUUUCAAACCGGAGAUGCUGCGAGGGAAGCGUGUGAUCGUGACGGGAGCCAGCACGGGGAUCGGGGAGCAGAUCGCCUAUCACCUGGCACGGAUGGGAUCCCACGUCCUGCUCACCGCCCGCACCGAGGCCAAGCUGCAGAACGUGGUGCGGAGGUGCCUGGAGCUGGGAGCAGCCUCGGCGCGGUUCGUCAGCGGCACCAUGGAGGACACGGCCUUCGCCCAGCACGUGGUGAGGGAGGCCCAGACCUCGCUGGGAGGCCUUGACAUGCUGAUCCUGAACCACGUCGGCGCAUCCUACUUUGGCUUUUUUGAUGGGGACGUUGAGCACGUCCGAAAGCUCCUGGAAAUCAACUUCCUCAGCUACGUGGCCAUGACCACGUCAGCCCUGCCCAUGCUGAAGGAGAGCGAGGGCAGCAUUGUGGUGGUUUCAUCCAUGGCAGGUAAAGUCGGGUUUCCCUUUACCGUCCCCUACUCUGCGACUAAGUUUGCCCUGGAUGGAUUUUUCAGCUCCCUGAGGCAGGAAUUCACCAUUCAGAACAUUAAUGUUUCCAUCACGCUCUGCAUCCUCGGCUUCAUCGAUACCGAGCGCGCAGUGCGCGCUGCCGCGGAGGUGCUGCGGGAGCGGCCGGCACCGCGGGACGAGUGCGCGCUGGAGAUCCUCAAGGGAGCAGCGCUGCGCCGGAGGGAGCUCUACUACCGCUACAGCUCCACACGGCUGCCGCUGCUGCUGCGGGACUGCGCCGCGGAGCUGCUCGAUUACCUGGUGCGGAGCCGCUACCGCCUGCCCGCGCCCCCCGGCGCCCCCCGCCCGCCGCACUGAGCCGCGGCCACCGCCAGGGUCCCCGGGCAUCCUCCGGUCCUGCC